UCCCCAGUUUACCGUUGCCACGAAACAGUUCUCAGAUCUCGAACAUGCCCGUAAAAGUCAAAGAAUUCUUGUCAAUAUUAGUCAAUAACUCACAAAAAUGCCCAUCGCCAUCAAAGAUUACACGUGGGAGGAGUCGGAUACUGAUGUUCACAUCACGGUGCCCAUCAAAGGAAACAAUUCUUCGAAGGCAGAUCUGUUUUCAAGUGAUGAAUACAUCAAGGUGAAUAGUCCACCAUAUUUCUUUGAGAUGUUUCUCUAUGCUGGAGUUGAUGACAGUAAGAGUGUAGCUCAGCUAGGAGAUGGAGUCAUUGUCUUCAAACUCAUCAAGAAAGAACUCGGAAUUUGGGGUCAACUUUCAUCCUCUACAUUAGGCGACAAAGACAAGAUGAAAGCCAGGAGAGAUGAUGCAGUGACAGAAAAGCAUAGAAGAAUAGAAGAAGAAACAGAAGAAAAGAGAAGGAAGAAACGAGAGAAAGAGAAACUGGCAUUGAAUGAACAAAUGAGACUUGAGAAUGAGGAGAGAGAGAAGAUUCAUGAGAUAAAACAGACUGAGAUCAGACAAGCGACAGAGGAAAUAGAAGAUUGGAAGAAGAAACAUCAAGUAUUACCUGGUGAUGAGCCACAUCCAGCUUACAUGACAGGACAUGAUGACGGUGAUGAUGAGCAUGAUGAGGAGGAUGAUGAUGAGGUACAUCAUACACCUGAAGAUAAGAAAGCUCUGAUCGAUAAGCUUCCACCCCCACGCACCCGUCAAAACAUCUCUGUUACCUUCACACCCCGUGUCUUCCCUACCCCGAUGAGAGAGUCAAGAGUUCAUGAGGAAGAUGAGUGGUUAAGGAAACAAGCUGAAGCAAGAAGAAUACCAGAGAUUGAAGAUGAAGAUCUAGCCCCAGAAGAGAGGGACCCGUUCUGGCUCAAAGAUAAAGGAGACUCUUUCUUCAAGGGUGGAAACUUCCAGGCAGCCGUCAAUGCAUAUAACACAGCCAUCAGACUGAAUGGAAAAGUACCUGCUUUCUACUCAAACAGAGGGGCCUGCCACCUGAAAUUACGCAACUUCAUCAAAUGCAUUGAAGACUGUUCAAAGGCUAUUGAGUUACUUACCCCACCUGUACCAGCCAAUGCCUCGUCACGUCUCAGAGCCCAUACACGCAGGGGCACUGCAUUCUGUGAACUAGAACUCUAUGCAGAAGGUCUUCAAGAUUACGUAGCUGCCCUGAAGAUAGAACCCAAGAAUGAACAGCUCAGACAGGAUGCAGAGAGGAUCAGACAUGUCAUCCAAGGCACGACCUAGGGUAACCUUUGACCCCCUGACAAGGGGUCAUGCUAUUGAUUUUAAUUCAAUAUUGGUUUUAUAUAAACAAUGUUGGAUUUGCAGUCAUUGGCUGAAGUGUGCAUGUUGACACAAGUGCUACUUUGUUUAAUGACGAGUCGACUUUGUUCCAUUGGGAGAGCCAUGUAUACCUGACGACUCAGUAUUUCAAACCCAGGAUUUAAUGCAAGUUGGGUCUAGAGCUGAGCUUGACAAAGAAUGUUACACCAAAACAUAAUACAGUCAAACCUGUCUAUAGCGAUCACCCAAGGAAAACACAAAAAAUGGCCUUUGUAGACAGGUUCCUUAAGUACAUGUUUCAAUGAGAAACCAUUUUGAAGGGAAACAAAAAAUGUGGUCUCUGUAGACAGGUGGGUGGUCUUUGAAGACAGGUAGUCAUUAAAGCAGGUUUGACUGUAUUUUCCUUUGUCAAACAUUAAUAAGUUUUUGUUUCCUCCCUAUGAAAGCAAUUCUUCCAUCUGUAUCAUGGAAUGUUAAUGCAUAAAUGAAUAAUGAUUGCGUGUCUGUCAUGAGCAUGUAUCAAGUAUUUCUUGUUGUACAAAUGACCAUUAUCUGCCCAAGUGUACACAGGCUAUGAAGCGGCUUUAAUAAGCCGGUCUUCUAUUUAAUCAUAGCAUAUUUUACGUCUUCUUUUCUUUGUGUGAUGUGGUGUCUACUUUAAACUCAAUGCCAGCGCUAGCUUUAAGAUCAAUUUAAACUUGAGUUUAACAAAGCAGGUUGGUCAGAGGUGUAGUCUUGUGUAAGUUUUGCCUUUUUUUUUACAUGACUUGUCCUUGCAUCAGGUUUAAGGGAAGUACGGUAGGGGAAUAUGGGCCAUAGUUGAUAGAAUGAGGCUGCCUUUUUACACUUUAAUAUGUUUUUUCUUUUCUUUACUAUGUUUUCUUUUCUUUUUAAGUACUGCUGGCGGUAUCAACAGUUUAUCUUUCUUGUUUUAAAGUGUUUUAAUUUAUAUUUUUAUUUUACUCUGGCUUGGGUAAAUUAUGUUUAUUUCAAAUGUC